GCACGCGCAAGAGCGCUUUCCCGCAAACCCGGAAGCGGAUCGAGCAGAGAAGGGGCGCGCUCGGUAUAAACUUACCUGAGAGAGAAGACCAGAAGAGGGAAAAAAGGAGGAAUGACUCUUUUCCAGGGAUGGUUAACAUUCAGGGAUGUGGCCAUAGAAUUCUCUCAGGAGGAGUGGGAGUGUCUGGACCCCGCUCAGAGGGCCUUGUACAGGGACGUGAUGCUGGAGAACUACAGGAACCUGGUCUCCCUGGGUGAGGAUAACUUCUCUCCAGAAGUUGGAAGCCCUUCUGCUGGAUUUACAGUCAAGGAAUUAUCACCAGUAGAGAACAUUAAUAAAGGAGAAUUUUACCACUUAAUAAUACUGGAGAGAAAUGAAAGUCAUGGCAUCAAGGAUUUUGAUCUCAAGGAAGUCUGGGAAAAUAUGCACGAGUUAGAGAGUCAGUGGGAGUAUGAUGCAAGAAAUUACAAAGUAGUGCCUUUGGCCCAGGACAAAAAGCUCACUUGUAGAAAAGACCAGCAACUUAAUCAGUCCUCAGUUACUCUUCCUGAAAAGCAGAGUGUUUCUGUAAGAAAUAAUACAUACCAGUAUUUCAUGGAUGAUGAGCCACUUACAAGGACUUUGUUAAAACGGGAUGGUAACAGAAGUGGUUCUGGAAACCAGUACAUAAACUGCGUGGAAAAUAGAAUUGGAUUAAGUUUGCAGGCACAUCUGGCUGAACUCCAGAGAUUUCACAGUGAGGAGAAAAUGUAUGAAUGUAAUCCAACUGAGAAGUCUGUCAGCAAUGAUUCCUCAGUCUCACCACUUCAAAGAGUUCCUCCCAGUACCAAAAACAUUUGGAAUAAAUCUAGGAAGAUUUUUAAAUAUCCUUUGUUACCUGCACAAUACAAGACAGCAUACACUAGAGGAAAAUAUUACAAAUGCAAUGACUGUGGGAAGACUUUUAGCAAAAGCUCAAACCUCAUAAGCCAUGAGAGAAUUCAUUGUGGACAGAGACCUUACAAAUGUAAUGACUGUGAUAAAGCCUUUACAUACCGUUCAAAUCUUACUCGACAUAAGAAAAUCCAUACUGGAGAGAAACCUUACAAAUGUAACGAGUGUGGCAAAACAUUUACCCAAUGUGCAAACGUUACUAGGCAUCAGAUAAUACACACUGGAGAGAAACCACACAAAUGUAACGUGUGUGACAAGGCUUUUAACCAAAGUUCGAGCCUUAUGGCACAUCGGAGAAUUCAUACAGGGGAAAAGCCUUAUAAAUGUAAUAAGUGUGAUAAGGCUUUUAUCAAACGUUCAGACCUUUGGUGUCAUGAGAGAACUCAUACUGGGGAGAAACCUUACAAAUGUAGUGAGUGUGGCAAAGCCUUUGCUGAGCGUUCGAAUCUUACUCAACAUCGAAGAAUCCAUACAGGACAAAAACCUUAUAAAUGUAAUAAAUGUGAUAAGGCUUUUAUCAAACGUUCAGACCUUUGGGGUCAUGAGAGAUCUCAUGCUGGUGAGAAACCUUACAAAUGUAAUGAGUGUGCCAAAGCUUUUUCCCAUUUUGCAACCCUUAGUACACAUAAGAAAAUACAUACUGGAGAGAAACCACACAAAUGUAAUGUGUGUGACAAGGAUUUUAUCCGAAGUUCAAGCCUUAGGAGACAUCAGAGAACUCAUAGAGGAGAAAAAUCUUAUAAAUGUAAUAAAUAUAAUAAGGCUUAUAUCAAACAUUCAGACCUUUAGAGUCACGAGAGAACUCCUACUGGAGAGAAACAGAUGUAAUGAGUGUGGCAAAGCCUUUAUGGAGCAUUCACAUCUUGCUCAGCAUAAGAAAUUCCAUAUUGGAGAGAAACCUUAUAAAUGUAAUGAGUGUGGCACAGCUUUUAGUCAAUUUGCAAAACUUACUAGGUUUCAGAAAAUACAUAGUGAAAAGAAACAGUGUAAACCUGAUAUGUGUGGCAGUGCUUUUAUUCAAAACUUAAGCUUUGGGGAUCAUCAGAGAACUCAUAGGAGAAAGAAACCUUGCAAAUAAAAUGAGCAAGUGUUCAGGCCUUACUCAACAUCAGAGAUUCCAUCAUGGAGAGGAACCAUAUGAAACUAACGUAUGUGGCAAAGUUUGCAACCAGGGUUCACACCACACCUGGUAUCAGAAUAUAAAUGUCUGAAAGAAAGCACACAAAUGGAAUGUAUGGCAAGGCUUAUCCAAAGCUCAUAGCUUGCCGACCAUAAUUCUUGCUAGAGAAAAACCUUACAAAUGUAAUGAGUAUGAUCAGCUUUAUAAAAUUGUUCAACUUUGGGGAAGGGGAUAAAAAUAAGUGAAUAGGAUUAAGAGGUACAGACUUCCAGUGAUAAAUGUACAACUUUGUGGUUGCAAGAAUUCACAUACAAUGGAACCCAUACCAGUGUGUCAUGGUCUUUACCUCAGGAAACACCAAAGAUUUCAUACUGGAGAGAAACAUUACAAAUGUAAUGAAGGUGAUAAUUUGUUUACCCGAUCCUUUGAAAGGACUACAGUAAGAAAAUUCAUACUGGGGGGGGGGGGGGGGACUAGGUUUAUUUACAGCAUUAACCAAUCUUAGAUGUUAAAUUCCACAGAAAAUUAGAGUUAUUUAAAUUCAUGAGAUGAAGUGUUUCAGUGGGACAAGUAUAUCUGUGGAAGGACCUAAUCAUCUUCUGUUUAAAUCUUUUUUAAAGAUUUUAUUUUCCACUCUACACCCAUCAAGGGGCUAAAACUCCCAACUCUGAGAUCCAGAGUCACAUGCUCUUCCGACUGAGCCAGCCAGGCACCCCUAUAACUUUUUUUCUAAAUCGUUUGAUUGUCCUUGAGACUAGAUUAUUAUUGAUGACUUAUAACCUUAAGUUUGGAAUCCUCUGAUGUUAUACGUUAAUUACAUGCAUUUCAUUUGUCCACUGUGAUGGUCUCAGAGAAUCCUGGAUCAGUCAGGUGAAAGGAGCCUGUUUGAUUAGGUCGGGUUCAGUAAUAGUAUAUACCCUGGAAGAACUAGGAUGCUAAUUUUAAGAUAAGUUUUAGUAUAAAUUUGAGAGCAUGAGGAGUGGCUGGAAAUAGAUGUAAAACUAUUAUCUAAAUUGCCAUGUUUUCUGUGGUCACAGCCCCUUUUCUAGAUUCGUUGGUAUGAUUGAGAGGCUUUGUUGAUUUUAUUACAGGGGAGGAUUCUCUGUCAGAUGAUCAUGAAACAGUAGGUUGGCACACUGAGAGAAUGAGAUUUUCACAUGAGAAUGAUAGGUUACUAGGGAUGCAUGUGUGGUAGAAAAAAUGGAUGGAGAAUGAUGGCCUUCCCUCUUUUGAAAGGUGAUAGCUAUUGUGUAUCAUGGAUGAGUAAAAAUCAGUCUCAUGUUUGGAAACUGAGAGAAAGUUCUAGAGGAGAUUUUAAUCAAAAGAAGCAAAGUAGGGGCGCCUGGGUGGGUCAGUAUGUUGAGAGUCCGGCUGGAUUUCGGCUCAGGGUUGUGGGAUAAACCACAUUGUUAGGCUCUCUGCUGAAUGUGGGGCCUGCUUAAGAUCGUCUCUCACUGCCCUUCUCACCUACUCAUGUUCUCUCUGAAAAAACAAAACAAAAACCUAAAAGUAGUGUGCUUGUGAAAGAUUCAAAUUUGGCCACUGAAAUUCCAUUUUGAUACUAUUGUAUUUAGGAUACCCUGUGUGUCAUAGUGAGUGAAACGCUUAGCGAGUGAAAGCUUUUGUGUAAUGCUGAAUGAAUCAUGUGCCUUCUCUUAGCCCAAGUGCAUCCCAACUCAUUGGGGCAUUUCGUAAUGAAUACUAAUAAUACAUCCUUGGGCUCUCUAGGUUGAAUGUGAUCCAUAACAAUUCUUUUCCAUGUUAGAUUCAAACCUACAGUUUUGGAAAUAAAUAUUCAUAAGUUGAAUUUGAGAGUUAUGCACUCAAUAGUAUAUCCCAGGUGAUUUUUUUGGCUCUAAUGAAAAUACCAUAGCAAUGCAAUUUCAAACUCACCCCCCUACAACCUGCCUUCCCAUUCAUGAAUAUACACUGUAUGAUUAUAUUUCUACAUGCCUUUUGUGCUGAAAUGAGACCCGUGUGUUGUACCUUUACAAUAAAUGAAAAUAUAAAAGUCAUAGGCAUAUGAAAAGUAUUAGGAACUAAAAGAGUAUUUCAGAGGUAAGGAUAAAGGUAACACAAUCUAUAUUUUGUGCUGGAGUGCUCAGGGAAAUAAUUUGAAAAUAUAAAUUUUCAUGAGUUUACUGUCAAGAAUGGACAUACACAAUGGGAAUCUUUUGAUGACUAGAAAUCUCACAUAUUUACCCUCUAAGACAUUUUUUGCUAGUUGCACUUGUGCUUACUCCACUGGAACAGGGUGUUUGGAUGUAAAGAAUGAUGACUCCCUACAAUUAAGUGUUCACAGAAUGUUUAUUACAUAAAGAUGCUUUCUCAGAGCAGAGUAGACUUCUCAAGUUCUGAAAAUGGCUAGAGAAAAGCAGGAAUGGUGGCUACUUUGUUAUGAUGCAUACGGUGUGGGGCCAGGGUGGUAGUAAUUUACAGUGUGAACUUACGACUACUGCCUAGGGAAGGGCCUCUCAGGCUUAUCUCCAUUAAUACUACAAGUAGACAGAAUCAAUACCUAGUGACUGAAAGAACUAGUCAGUUUUGCAGAAGCUUUUCUGCAAGUAUCCUUGAAUUCUCAUGGGUUUAUAAGAACAAAUAUUUAUUUCUUCCUCCUAUCACAUCUAUCAUUAUUCACCCUUCCUUCGUUCUGUCAUUGAGUCUGGGAUUCACAGUAGAACUUAAGUCUAUGUGGGACAUAACCGUUCUUGCACCAGGGAGAAGAGAGGGUUAGAAGAACCAAACAAAGGUUUUAAAGUUUCCAUUUACAAUUAAAAUGUGUCAAUCUGUUCACAUUGGUCUACUCACAUUGGUCAAGCUGUCUAUUAAUUGGGAAGAAAGUAUAAUCCCCUCAACAAGAAGGAAGGGUUGCCUAAGUCAAGUGGCCAAGUUGAUAUCAAAGAGCAGAGACAUAUACUCUCACAAGAGGGUGAUAAUUAAUUGGAAAUAUUAAAAUGUAUGAUAGUACAACUUCUAUCAGAAAUCAUUUGUCCCUUCUUUGUAUUUCACACAAAAUACUUUUGUCCCAGAAGAAAAACAAAAUUCUACCCAAAUGUGACUAUGGUCACACAUGAGGGUCUCGUAACAGUCUCAUGAAAUUCCUCUUGGUUGAGACCCUUAUGUAGAGUCCUCAUUCCUAACAUAUAGUGGAAUAGAAAAAACUCAAUAAACCUUCCCAUUCAGAAAAGAAAUGGAAAGGAGGGACCCCGAAUUCUUCCCCAUCUCCUAAGGUGUUCCCCUUGUGCCCUGUAGACAAGACCCUCCCCACCCACCUCCAAAAGCUUGCCAAAACCGUGCUGUUUGGUUUGAAUUGACCUAUGCGGCCUGAGCUCAGAACCUCAAAGCAUUCCUUUGAGGGACCCUAAUAAAGGCAUGCACCCUUGGUCCUGCCCUAGGAUCUCUGCCUGCACCCUGCCUUAAUCUUCUCACACAACCCCCAUAGGUGUGCAGAAGAGCUCCCCCACGAUCUGUGAGUAAUAAACUUCUCUACUUUCCCUUAUAAUCUGUUGAACCAUGGCUCACCAUCUGACAUCUAGGACUCUACCUAAUAAAUACUAGUACAACAAAGUCACAACAGCAACACUAGGCAAUUCUGUCAAACCUACAAAGAAUUAACAGAAAUUCUCCACAAUUUAUUUCAAAAAAUAGAAGAGUGAAUGCUUUUCCCAACUAAAUGUAUGAGGCCGGUAUUAGCAUAAUUCCAAAACCACACAUAAACAUUAAGGGUGGGGUGAGGGUGGGGAAGAUAACUACCAAGCAAAUCCCAAAUGAAGGUGCAAAAAUUCUUAGCAAAAUAUUAACAGAAGUCAGCAAUACACAGAAUUGUACACUAUGACUAGAUAGAUGUAUUUGAGGGACAGAAGGCAGUUUCAAAUUCCAGUCAAUAUAAGCCAUCAUGUUAAUAGGCUGGACAAGAAAAACCACAGGAUCCUGUCAAUUGAUACAGAAAAGCAUUUGAUACAAUUCAGUGCUGUAAACUUUCGGAAAGCUAGGAAGAAAGGAAAAUUUCCUCAACUCACUAAAGAACACCUGUGAAAAUCUUACAGCAAACUUCAUACUUCCUGGUGAAAGAUGGGAUGUUUUCCCCCAGAGACUGAGAUCAUGAUAAGGAUGUCCACUAUCACCACUGAUAUUUGACAUGUUUUUAUAAGUUCUAGUCAGUGAAGUAAGGGAAGAGAUGCAAACAAAAGUAAAGAGAGAAAAGAUAAAAUAGUGUAGCUACUUGCAGAAGACAUCAUGGUUGUGGUAGGCUGGAUAACACCCUCAUUCCAAAGUAUGGCCAUGUCCUCGUGCCUAUCACAUGGGAGUGUUACUGUAAUGUUGUAAGGGAUCUGCAGAUGUGCUCUGGUGAAGAUCAUGAGGUGGGUGAUUAUGCUGGAUGAUCUGGUAAAUGCGAUAUGGUCCCGAGGGUCUUUAUAAGAAGAAUGCAGGUAGAGGUACUCAUGUAAAGGUUGGUGGAGUGAUGACAGAGGUAAACAAGAUUGAAGAUGCUGUCUUGCUGGCUUUGAAGAGGGAGGAAAGGGACCAUGAGGCAGAGAAUAUAAGCGGACUCCGGACAUGGGAGGGUGUCUUUGGAAAACUAUCUGUACAUCUCUUCUGCCCAUUUCUUCACUAGAUUAUUUGUUUUUCAGGUGUUUGGUAAGUUCUUUAUAGAUUUCUUAUACUAGCCCAUUAUCCAGUAUGACAUUUGCAAAUUUCUCCCAUUCUUUCGGUUGCCUUUUUGUUUUGUGGAUUGUUUUCUUUUGCUUUGCAGACACUUUUUAUCUUGUUGAGGUCCCAGUGGCUCAUCUUUGUUUUUAUUUCCCUUGUCUUAGGAGACGUGUCAAGUAAGAAGUUGCUGCAGCUGAGGUCAAAGAGGUUGCCUGUUUUCUCCUGUAGGAUGUUAUUAAUGGUUUCCUGUCUCACAGUUAGGUCUUCCAUCCAUUUUUAAUUUAUUUUUGUGUAUGGUAUAGGAAAGUGGUCCAGUUUCAUUCUUCUGCAUGUUUCUGUCUAGUUCUCCCAGCACCAUUUGCUACAGAGACUGUCUUUUUUCCAUUGGAUACUCUUUCCUGCUUUGUCGAAGAUUGGUUGGCCAGACUUUUGUGGGUCAAUUUCUGGGUUCUCUCUUGUAUUCCAUUGGUCUAUGUGUCUGUUUU